AUGCAGAAACAGAAGAGAUUGACUGAUUUCUUUGUUUCUCCUGUUGCGAAAAAAUCCACUUCUGAAAGCCCUAGAACGCCGCUGUUCGAGUUCGAUUCUCAGUUACCAGCGGCAAAACGUCAAAAAACUUUCAAAGGUGAAAAUGACGUCCGCCAAGCUAUCUUGGAUGCUGGGCAGAGGAAGAUUGGCGGGCAGUAUUGCAAACAGUGUGAUAUGAUGUACUGCAUCGACAACAUCACCGAAGUGGCGAUGCAUGAAAAACACCACAACCGGUACUCCGACAUAACAAGAGUUAAAGUGUCUUCAUCACAACUCAACACGUGGCUAAGGAAAGAAUGUCACUAUUCAACUAAUCGUGGUUACAUCUUCCGGAUUCUACCCGAGUCCCUGUCGUCUUUGAGACGGAAGGCUGAGCAAAUCAUUGAAGAUCUUGUGAACAGCAGUGUAGGAUUCUCCCCAGAUCUUUCAAUUUGGGGUUGGGAUAAAAGAAGAACUGUGUGGAUAUCAAUACUAACAGAGGGCCCUUCAUACUUAAUUGCCGGCAUUGUUAUUACGGAACCACUUAUGUCAGCGCAGUAUUCCGACUCUGGAAAGGAACUCCGUGACGGCGAGCCAAUUAUUGGCGUGAACCGGAUUUGGACUCAUUCUGCAGCUAGAAGAAGAGGGGUUGCCAGUGAAAUGCUUGACCUCAUCAGACAACGAUAUUUCACUGGUGCUUACGUACCAAAGCACAGAGUUGCAUUCAGCGAUCCAUCGGACGAUGGUAGGAAAUUCGCAGAGAGUUAUGUGGGCAGCUCUACCGCAUCGACAACAUUUCUGGUCUACACUGUUUCAAAAUGA